AGACGUAUGCAAAUUUGUUGCGACAGUUUGAUUGGCCUGGCAUGAAAGGGACUGCUGAAAAGUUUGUGGCUGAGUGUCAAGUCUGUCAACGGAUCAAACCAUGCAGACAAAAGCCCAUGGGGCUACUCGCACCCCUUCCCAUUCCCGAUGGUCCCGGGGAGUCCGUCUCCGUUGAUUUCACCGACAUGGGAAAGGUAAGUAAGAACGACUACUCACAAGUCAUGGUGAUUGUUGACCGAUUCUCUAAGCUUCUCAAUUUGAUCCCUUUGCCGCCGCACGCCCCAACAGAAUUAGUGAUUCGUGAGUUCCAACAGAAGUACAUUCUGCAGUUCAGGACCCCGAAGACUCUCGUAAGCGAUCGGGACCCGCGCUUCAUUAGUACUGAAUGGAAGGACUUCACGUCUCAUCUGGGGAUCAGGCUGUGUAUGACAUCUGGCCGACACCCUGAAGCCAACGGUGUGGCUGAAGAAAUCAACCAGACUGUGUUCCAACUUCUCCGCGCUUUGAUUAUCCCGGAUCAGGAAACAUGGGAUGAAGAGUUGUAUUCCGUUAGGGGGUUGUACAACAACUCCAUCCAUUCUACCAUCGGCAUGGCACCUAACAGGCUGCAUCUCGGUUGGCAGAUCCGUAAUCCGCUCUCCUACCUUUUCCCUGAGCAGCCAGCUGGCUUAACACCCGGCAGGCCUGGUUUCAGGGCCAAGUAUGAUCGCUUGCUUAAGGUUGCCAUUGCAGCCAUGACCAAGCGACAACAUGCCAUGAUCCAUCACGCGAACAAGGGGCGCCGACCGUCGGACAUUCAGGUAGGAAGCUAUGUCUGGGUCAAGAUGUCUAAAUUCUCAGAAGAAGAAGAGGUCUCUCGCAAACUUCUCCCACUCUAUUACGGACCGUGGGAAGUUAUGGAUGUGAUUGGCGAAGACCACUUUGGCUCUUCGUACGUAGUUGAUGUGCCAGCCCAUCUGCUCACAUACCCAGUGUUCCAUGCAUCGAAACCGUACCUCCACCGUGAUGCUAAGACGUUCGACUAUCGCGAAGACAUGAUGCCUCGUGCGAUCAAAGGCGGGCAUGAGAUAGACAAAAUUAAACAGCACGUAGGGAAAGGAUGCAACAGACAGUACUAAGUUCACUUCAUGUAUCACCCAUUAGACGAUCAGUACUGGAUCUCCAAACAGGAACUGCUACGCAGCGCACCGCAUGUUGUC